ACGUGUUCAUAAAGUAAAAAGUUAUAGUGUUAUUACACUCAUCUCUAUUCAUCCAUAUUUACCCUAAUAUAGUUGUUGUUAUAGUAGGAUGAAUUAUUGAGCAGUUAUUAGCAGAAAAUCAACAGCCAAGGACAGUGAGCUUUAUGAUUUGGGUGAAGAAAGAGGCAUGAUUCUUACAGUGGUUAAUCAUUAAUGGAUCAAUACACAGAAUCAUAGAUUCUUAGUACAGGACCCCAGUUUUGAGCGGGGGAACAUUGAUUGUAUCUCCUUCUCACUCAUUUCCUCCUCCAUUUUAUCAACUAUUCUCUUAUCACCUGCAUCCCAGCCGGGUGUCAUGGAGAUGAGGCUGUUCCUGCCUAUUCUCCUGCUGCUAGGAGCCUGUCAACGGGGACUCAGUGACCCCAGUGUGGCCCCAGAAGCCUCUGAAGCCGUUCCCCUCCAAGCUGCAGGCCAACAGUACGUGGCGGAGGUGGCGCAGGCCUGUGGAAACCUCCAGAUGUUUGACAGCGUGACACUCGGGCCACUAGGGGGCAGCAUAGAACGGCUAGGCCUUCAGCUCCUGGAACAGCUGCCUGUUGGCCCUCAACAGCCCAAUGUCCUCAUAUCCCCCUUCAGCCUCUCUCUGGCCCUUGCACAGCUGGCUCUAGGUGCACGGAACGAGACGGAACGACUGCUGCUGAGUAGUCUCCAUGGAAGCAACAUGAGCUGUUACCACCACACCAUGGGGGGUCUUCUGCGCCACCUGAGCAACAGCUCCCUGCGGGUGGCCACACGGUUGUACCUGCGCCAAGGGUAUGAUGUGAAUUUGUCCUUCCUUGAGAAGUCCAUGGCCAGGUAUCGAACAAGCCCGGCUCCUCUGCUCUCUGUGGAGGACGUCAACCAAUGGGUGAAGAACGCUACCAAUGGAAACAUCGUGAACUUAAUGGAAAGCAUUCCUCACGAUGUAGUGCUCAUGCUCAUCAACGCUGUGCAUUUCAAAGAUGAGUGGCAGACCCGAUUUGAUCCCUCGGAAACUUCCAAAGGGCUGUUCUAUGUGGACGAGCAGAACUCUGUCUCGGUGGACAUGAUGAGGUCCCCGAGGUAUCCACUACGCCUGCUGCAUGACGCUGAGCUAGAGGCGACGGUCGCCUGUUUUCCCUUCAAGGGAAACAAAAGCUUCCUGGUCGUUCAGCCAAUCCAGGGAAAGGGAAACGUGUCAUCGUUGCUACCCAAGCUCAACAUCUCAGACUUGUACAGCCGGCUGCCUGCAGAGCACACCAUGCAGGUGGCCCUGCCCAAGUUCAGACUGCAGUACCGCCAAGAGCUCCAGGAACCCCUCACCAAUCUAGGUCUUGGCUCCCUGUUCUCCGGUCCCGACCUGUCGGGCAUCACGGAGGCGCCGCUGAAGGUGGGCGCCGUGCGCCACGCCAGCCAGGUGGAGCUCAGCGAGGAAGGGGCCGAGGCCUCCGCCACCACCGUCAUCACCACUAUGCGCUCCGUGUCCUUCUUCUCCCUCAACGGGCCCUUCUUCUUCGCCCUGGUCGACGACGUCUCCCUCGCCCCCCUCUUCAUGGGCGUGGUCACCAACCCCGCCCCCGACGACGCUCCCAUGCCCAACGACGAGCCUCGCGGCAACGCCUCCCAUGGCGCCGAAAUCGUCGCAGACGCCACCGAGGAGAAAGCUGUCGAUAAGGAGCAGGGAGACGAUCCAGUGGCUGCCGACGACGAUCUGACGACGGACUUGGGGCCCUCGGUGGCCCCAGACUCAAACGGGUAUGUGCCCCCUCCUACUGCUGAAAAGGCCGGUGAGCUGUACCUCAACGAGACACCAGGGACACCAGAGAGCAUUGGCGGGGAAAGCGGAGACCAAGGGAACAAGACUAGCCCCUACGUAUCCAACGCUAUCCUGACCUGAAGCUAACGUGUAGUAUGUGAAGCAGUGUCAUUAAAGCUACUACAUCAGAUCCAUGA